AUGGCCUCCCCUCCGGAGCCAGUUACGUUCAGGGAGUUCUGCCCUUUGUAUUACCUCCUCAACGCCAUUCCCACGAAGAUCCAGAAGGGCUUCCGCUCUGUGGCCGUCUACCUGACCGCGCUCGACACCAGCGCGGACUACAUCGCCGUGGGCAGCAGCACCGGCAUGCUCUACCUGUACUGCCGGCGGCUCAGCCGGAUGAAAAAGUACAACUUUGAGGGGAAGAUGGAGGCCAUCACGGCGGUGAAGCUGCUGAGCUGCUUUGACGACCUGGUGGCCGCAGGCACAGCCUCCGGGCGGGUCGCCGUCUUCCAGCUGGUGUCGUCGCUGCCCGGGAGGAACAAGCAGCUCCGGAGAUUCGACGUCACCGGGAUCCACAAAAGCAGCAUCACCGCCCUGGCGUGGAGCCCCAACGGCAUGAAGCUGUUCUCCGGGGACGACAGGGGGCGGAUCGUCUACUCCUCUCUGGACCUGGACCGGGGCGCCUGCAGGUCCCACCUGGUGCUAGAGGAGCCGAGCUCCGUGGUGCAGCUGGACUACAGCCAGAAGGUGCUGCUGGUGUCCACGGCGCAGCGCAGCCUGCUCUUUCUCACCGAGGAGCAGAGUGUGCGCCAGGUCGGCACCCAGCCCAGGAAGGGCACCGGGAAGUUUGGUGCUUGUUUUAUCCCAGGACUUUGUAAGCAAAGCGACCUGACCUUGUACGCGUCCCGGCCAGGGCUCCGGCUGUGGAGGGCUGGCGUCCAGGGGACUGUGCAAGCCACGUUCCUCUUAAAAGACGUCUUCGCUGGGGGCGUCAAGCCCUUCGAGUUGUACCCGCGCCUGGACUCCUUCGACGCGGGAAGUGGCAGCUUCCCCGAGAGGCAGCUGGGGCUGGUUUCCUGCUUCUUCCGGGAAGGCUGGGUGCUGAGCUGGAAUGAAUACAGCGUUUACCUUCUAGACACCGUCAACCAGGUGACAAUUGCUGGUUUGGAAGGAUCGGGUGAUAUCGUGUCCGUUUCCUGCACAGAAGAUGAAAUCUUUCUCUUAAAGGGAGACAGGAACAUUAUAAGAAUUUCGAGCAGGCCGGAGGGACUAGCAUCCACAGCACGAGACAGCCUGGAGACGCCGGGAUGCACAGAGCAAGUGCCCGCGCAGCACGCAGAGGGGCCGCCAGGGGCCACGGACCCCGAGCCGAGGCUCAGAGGCGCUUCCGUGGCCAGCUCCGUGGCCAGCGAGCCGAGGAGCAGGAGCAGCUCGCUCAACUCCACCGACAGCGGCUCCGGGCCCCCGGCGGCCCUGGAGCUGGGCAGGGGCAGCCAGCCCGCCGCGCAGAGGUUCAGUGUCAUCAGCUCGGAGGACUUCGACCGGGAGCUCGUUGUGAAGCCGCUCAAAGUGAAGAAGAGGAGGAAGAAGCAGGCAGAAGGUGGAAGCCGGAACGCCUGGCACAGUUCCCUUGAAUCGACUCCCUGCUGUGAAUUUCCUGGUGACAGUCCCCAGUCCUUGAACGCAGACCUGCUGUCCACGGCCUCAAGCUUGGGCAGCAUGGUGGACCGGCUGAGCACAGAGUCUCCCGACUGGGACAGCAGCCUCAGCGGUGAGGUGGACGGUGUCCAGCGGGAGGACCACAACCCUGAGGCUUUCAGUGUGCUGGAGGCGCCCGAGCCCGCCCCUGACUCACUCAGCGAAGAGGACAGGAUGGAGCUCCCGCGAUGGAGCCCGGCAGGCGAGGUGGAGCUGCAUGGCGGGGGGCUGUGCUUACCCCGUCACCCGCCGGGAGACGCGGAAGGUGGCGAGGUCACAGAGCUCGAGGGAGAGCCUCGCCCUGCAGACGAUGGACCCGGUAGCAGACAGUCACCUGGCCAAGACCAGGACAGCCCUGCUGAGGCCCAGGCCGCGGGGGGCUGGGAGCCUGAGGACCCCCAGUGCACGUUGCCUGAAGCCUCCCUCCUGGACCUGCCCCCCGUGCCUUCCAGCCCUAGCGGGGUCCCCGGUGCCGAGGGCAGGCUGCCGGAGACCAGAGCGGACCAAGGCAGCGUCCAGGAGAGCGGCCACCUCGGUGCCGCUCCCUGGCGCACUGGCGCUGAUGAGGACUCGGGCCUGAGAGCAGUGGGUGCUUCCGAGCGUGACCUGGGGAGUGUGGGCGGACGGCUGACCCCUCCCGUCUGUGCCUUGGCGGCCGGCGCCCAGGACCCUCGCCCCGAGCAUUCCCCGCGGGAUCAGGUUCUGACGUCCAGUGACGAGGAGGACAUCUAUGCCCCCGGGCUGCCCUCUUCGUCCUCGGAGACGAGUGUGGCGGAGCUGGGAGGCGGCCGCUCCCUACAGGACCUGAGCCCGCCGGCCGGCGACGACACCGGGCUGCUGAGGUCAGAGCAGUUUGCAGAAAGCUGGAUGGGCUACUCGGGCCCCGGCCACGGCGUCCUCAGCCUGGGCGUCUCCGAGAAGCACGUCUGGUGCCUGGACUACAGAGGCGGCCUGUUCUGCAGUGCGCUGCGGGGGGCCGGGCUGCGCUGGCAGAAGUUUGAAGAUGCCGUCCAGCAGGUGGCAGUCUCGCCCUCAGGAGCGCUCCUCUGGAAGAUCGAGCAGAAGUCUAACCGGGCUUUUGCUUGUGGCAAAGUGACCAUCAAGGGCAAGCGGCACUGGUACGAGGCGCUGCCGCAGGCCAUGUUCGUGGCUCUGAGUGAGGACGCCGCCUGGGCCAUCAGGACCAACGGAGACCUGUACCUGCAGACAGGGCUCAGCGUGGACCGCCCCUGCGCCAGAGCCAUCAAGGUGGACUGCCCGUACCCCCUGUCCCAGGUGACAGCCCGGAGCAGCGUGGUGUGGGCGCUGACGGAGCAGAGAGCCCUCCUGUACCGGGAGGGCGUGAGCAGCUUCUGUCCUGAGGGCGAGCAGUGGAAGUGUGACAUCGUCAGUGAGAGGCAGGCCUUGGAGCCUGUGUGCGUGACGCUCGGGGACCAGCAGACGCUGUGGGCGCUGGACAUCCACGGGACCCUGUGGUUCAGGACCGGCAUCGUCCCCAAGAAGCCCCAAGGGGAGGACGACCAUUGGUGGCAAGUGAGCAUCACGGACUACGUGGUGUUCGACCAGUGCAGCCUGUUCCAGACCAUCAUGCACGCCACGCACUCGGUGGCCACGGCGGCCCAAGUGCCCGUGGAGAAGGUGGCGGACAGGCUGCGCACGGCCUUCUGGUCUCAGCAGCUCCAGUGCCAGCCCAGCCUGCUGGGGGUGAACAGCAGCGGCGUCUGGAUCUCCUCGGGCAAGAACGAGCUCCACGUCGCCAAGGGCAGCCUCAUCGGCACGUACUGGCAUAACGUUGUUCCCCGCGGGACAGCGUCCGCAACCAAGUGGGCCUUCGUGCUGGCCUCCCCGGCCCCCACGAAGGAAGGCAGCGCCUUGUGGCUGUGCCAGGGCAGCAAGGACCUGUGCAGCGUGGGCGCCCAGCACGCACAGUCCCGCCCGUCCACCGUGCAGCUGCCUCCCGACACCGAGAUGCGGGCCUACGCCGCCUGCCAGGACGCCCUGUGGGCACUGGACAGCCUGGGCCAGGUGUUCAUCAGGACGCUGUCCGCCAGCUGCCCCACCGGCCUGCACUGGACCCGGCUGGACCUCGCCCAGCUAGGGGCUGUAAAACUGACGAGCUUGGCGUGUGGAAACCAGCACGUGUGGGCCUGUGAUUCCAGGGGUGGCGUGUACUUCCGAGUGGGCACCCAGCCUCUGAACCCCAGUCUCAUGCUUCCGGCCUGGAUAGCGAUCGAGCCGCCCGUCCAGCCUGCCGGGGCCACCUUGGUCAGCGUCCACUGCAGCCCCAACGACCAGAUGCUGUGGGCGCUCGACAGCCGGUGCAACGUGCACGUCCGCGUCGGCAUCACCGAGGAGAUGCCCGUGGGGACCGGCUGGGAUCACGUGCCAGGGCUGCAGGCCUGCCAGCUGGCGCUCAGCACCAGGACGGUGUGGGCCCGCUGCCCCAACGGGGACCUUGCCCGGCGCUAUGGCGUCACCGACAAGCACCCCGCGGGGGACUACUGGAAGAAGGUUCCCGGGCACGCCACGUGCCUCACAGUGACCUCCUCAGAUGAGCUGUGGGCAGUGGGCCCGCCCGGCUACCUCCUCCAGCGGCUCACGAGGACCUUCAGCCGCGCGCCCGGCGCCCAGAGCAGCCCGGCCGCCGCCCCGCACCCCGAGGACCUGGAGGACGAGUGGGAGGUCAUCUGA